AAGACUGAGGAUGUCGUUCACUGGUGUACUGAUUUCGGCAGCGGCCCCAGCUAAGGUCUUUUCGGAUGAAAAUACAAAAUUUUCAGAUUCGAAUUAUGAUAAUACUGAUUAUGAUGUGAAGAGUUUAGAUAUACCAGUAAUGACUAAUGAUUUUCCCUCGAAGCAUCUCUAAUGCUGCAUAUUUAAGGAAUGGGAAAUGUAACCUUGGUACCCGGCGGUGUUUCUGCUGUAAAUCUCAACUGGGUUUGGCUGUGGCAGGGCUCGCUCCUGUCACCUCAGCCUCAUAUAGGGUCCUGCUUCUGGGUGGCGGUCUCUUUGCCUUUGCAAAAUCAGGGAACCAGGGUUCCGUUUUUGGAGGAUUAACGGGGGCCCCUCUUAUGGCAUCAGUAGGUUUUCAAACCUGCAAGGGAUCACGGGGUUGUACUUAGGAUCACAGGGGUGUAUUUG